UGUCGCGAGCUCGGCGCGUGGGGGCGGGGCCAGGGCCGUGACCCUCGGCCGGAGCCGGAGUUCGAGCAGCGUCGGUGGGCCGGGUGCUCCCUGUCAGCCGGGGUGGGUGCGGGAGAGAUGGUGGACGUGUUCGCGGGGCACAUGCUGGUCAAUAAGGACGGCGAGGCGGUAGACCCCGAGGAGGCGCUGAAGAAUAAAGUUGUGGGCAUCUAUUUUUCGGGGGGCUGGUGCCCUCCCUGCCGCGACUUCACGCCGCGCCUGUGCGAGUUCUACACCGAGCUGAUGGAGGAGACGGAGCCGGCGCCGCAGUUCGAGAUCGUCUUCGUGUCCUCGGAUAAGAGCCAGGCUGACAUGGAGAGCUACAUGGCAGCGAUGCACGGAGACUGGCUGGCACUACCCUGGGAGGAUCAGUACAAAACAGAGUUGAAGAAGAAAUACUGCAUUACAGCAAUACCAAAACUGGUAAUUGUGAAACAGAAUGGGGAUGUCAUCACUGAUAAAGGUCGUAAACAGAUACGAGAUUAUGGCUUGGCGUGCUUCAGGAACUGGAUUGAAGUAGCAGAAGUUUUCCAGAAUUUUUCAGCUAAUUGAGAACCAUCUUGAAAUAAACUUUUUCUAGAUGUUUAGGGAAGCCU